AUGACAGUUGUUGAACGGGAAGAGAAAUUCCUGCAUCUUUCAAGGGAAUAUUUCGGACUGCUUGAGGAUGAAAAUCAAAAAGUGGUGCUCACUGAUGGAGUCCAGUUCAUCAAAAAUAUCAAAUCACGUGUUGCCGUAGUAAAUCUUUUGCACAGACCUGUUCUGGGAUACGAACAAAAAUAUGAAGAAGUAAGUGCACAACAUAUUACCUUGAUGUUCCAAAUGAUUAAGGAAUUAUUUAAAGAAUUUUUUGCGCGAUGCUAUGUUGUACUUCCAGAUGUACAUACUAUCAAUGAGCUACUUGGCUGCACCAAAGCAAAAGUGGACCAAAUAGAUAACGAAGAAAGUCUGGAAAGGAGACUAGAAGAUAUUUACAAAGAGUUCGACUUCAACCGAGGUGUAGCGGACAGCGAUUACUAUUAA